AAAAGGAAGUCUCCGAGAUAAGCACAAAUCCUAAACCAAAUCUCUCUACUUGCAGACCCCGUUUGAAAAUCGGUUAGUGUGUCCAAGUAGCUGCUUUGAGACAGGCGAACGACUAUCUUAGUUUGCAAUAUCGAGAGUUUUUCGGUGCUUUGUAUAGCUCCGUAGACUUCAGUUUUUAAACCGAAUAUUUUCCGAACGUCGAAAGCAGUUCAAAAUGAGCAGUACCAGUUUCCGUCAACAUUUUGACAUGAUCAGUAUGCAUGAGCCAGUACAACGCAAGGCGAAAUUCUGGACGUCAUAUGUGCGAGCUCUCAAAGGCACAGAGGACAUGCGAGCUGACGAAGGGUCACCACACCGUCGCCGACCCUUUUCCGAAAUGCCGGACGUUUUCCCACGAAUGUUCGACGACAUGCUGCCAACACCUUCGACGGAGGACGCCAAUGCGAGAGUCCGAGCUCCCGGCUAUCGUUACCAACCAGUUUCUCGAGAGACUUAUGGCUACUCUCCAAGACCCAUUCAGGCUGCUGGACCAGUCACCAGCAGCAGACGCAGUCGGUAUUAAUCGAUUAAUCGAUGCGUAAAAUGUUAGACGAAAACCGACAUCCAAAAUUACUGUCAAAUCACUAAAUUCGGCCAUGUAUUCGUUCAACAUCAUUUUCUUAUACUUAUAUAACACCGUUUAAAUAAAAAUACCAUCACAAAUAACAUCUAGUUUACACAACAGCCUGUUGUCUGUUCUUGGGACGCAAAAUACGAUUCAAUAAGAUGUUCAGAUCAUACAUUUAGAACCAACUUCAAUCUCGCAGCUACACAAAGGAAGAAGAGACAAGAAACAAAAUACCACAAAAUAUCUGAUAUCGAUCGUACCUAACUAUUUUUCAUAAUGAGACUUGAAUUUAUUUACAUAAAAGUCACGUGCAGAGAGUUCUACAUCGUUCUGGUUUUCUUCAGUUCAUAUAACAUCAAAACAUGGAAAUUUACUUUUGGAGUAAUAAAAAAGCACAAUGAACAACAUCUGAGGGACAUGCUAGCGUUACAAUCAAAGAAUUAAUGGAGUGUAUAAUUGGAUAUCGUUCAAUCAUCGGGGAUUGCCAUUGUUCUGUUCUACAUAUUAUAUACUUAUUAACUCUUGUAAUUUAAUCUUAAGAUUAAGUUGAAUAUACGCAAAUAAAAUAAUUUAAAUCCA